AUGUUCCGGCAAGCCACCACUCGCCUCCUAUACCGAUCCACGACCGCCGCCGCCGGCAGGACCAAAGCUAGCCCAUUCUCCACCGACCUUCCGACGUUUCCGGCGGCCGAUGAGGCCUUCGUGGGUGCAUGGAAGAAGGCGAUGCCCAACAUGGAGCCACCCAAGACCCCUCUCGCCUUCAUGGUUCCCCGCCCUGCGACUCCUUCCUCGAUCCCCUCUAAGCUUACUGUCAAUUUUGUUCUUCCCUACUCCUCUGAGCUCUCCGCCAAAGAGGUUGAUAUGGUCAUAGUUCCAGCAACAACAGGCCAGAUGGGUAUUCUUCCUGGGCAUGUACCAACCAUUGCAGAGCUCAAACCUGGGCUCCUGUCCGUUCAUGAUGGGAAUGAUGUAAAAAAAUAUUUUGUUAGCAGUGGAUUUGCAUUCAUCCAUGCAAACUCUUUUGCUGAUAUAAUUGCUGUCAAAGCUGUUCCAAUUGAACAAAUUGACCCUGCCUUGGUGCAAAAGGGCCUUACAGAGUUCACCCAGAAGCUGAGCUCAGCCUCAUCUGAUUUGGAAAAAGCCGAAGCUCAAAUUGGAGUGGAUGUGCACAGUGCUCUCAAUUCUGCUCUAUCAGGCUAG